UCCAUUUAGGCUUCAGACCUGAAUCACCUGAGCGCAUCUCAUACUGCAUUUCAGUCUUAUUGCAAUGCUGUCCCGGACGUUGUUAAUUCUGUUGGUCUUUACAUUAGUGAGUGUCUCCAUCUCUGCACCAAUCAACGAUGGAACAGAUCAUGAUGAAGCGUCUGCUGCACUGCUAGAAAUCUUAAGCGGUCACAUUAAUGCAGCACUUCCAACUGCAAGCCCGGUGAAUGGAGACUCAGGAACUACAGAUGGGACGGACUCAUCAGAGAAACAAGGAGGUCCAAGUGACUCCUUUGACACUACAGACAAAUCAGAAGUUGAUGGCGCCCCUGACACAUCCUCAGACACAAUCAGUGACACAAGCAUGGAUGAAGCCACCAGCGGCCCAGAUUCCAUAGAUACAACAGAUAUAGACAAAGAUACAGGUACAGAUACGGAAACAGAUCCUAACACAGAUGCAUCAAAGGAAAAGACAGAAGAAAACAAUGAGAAGCCAUCAGCAGAAGACAAAACAGAUGCAGACCAUGUUGACACAGACUCUAAGGAAAAGGAAUCAACAGACAAGGACGAAAUCAUGGAUACAGAUGAUGCAGAUUCUGACAAAGACAACACAGAUGUGGACACAGACGAAAAGAGUGAAGAGAAAGACGAGAAAGAAUCCAGCAAAGACUCAGCGGAUGAGGGACGAGAAACCUCAGAGACGCCAGACAAAAGUGAAUCUGACAGCGAUGAGUUCAAAGAUUCAGACAACACCAACAACCAGGAUUCAGAUGCAAAAGACACAGACAGCACUGAGAAAAAAGACAAGGACAUUAAAGACACUAAAAGUGAUGCAGACACUGACGAGAAAGACAAGGACAGCAUCCAAGACACGGCAGAUUCCAGCACCGAGGUCAAGGACAGGGACAGCACUGACACAAAAGACACUGAAGAUGACGGAGACAGUGAAAAGGACACCAAAGAUAAGGAGGAGACCAAUGAGAAAGGUGACAAGAGUGAUGAGAGAAACAAUAAAGAGGACGAGUCCAAAUCAGAGAAACGAGACAAAGGAGACACCACUUCGAAAGAGGACACCACAGCCAGUCAGUCUGAUGAAAGUCCACAAGAGGAAAUGACAGAAGACAAACAGGAAGACAAGUCCGAUGCCGAGAACUCCAGCGUGGACUCGGACUCAGAGAGCAAGGAAGACAGCAAAGAGAAAGACCAGGAUAAAGACCUGGACACAGACUCUCACAGCAAGGAGGACAGCAAAGACAAAGACCAGGAUAAAGACCCGGACACAGACUCUGACAGCAAGGAGGACAGCAAAGACAAAGUCCAGGAUAAAGACCCGGACACAGACUCUGACAGCAAGGAGGACAGCAAAGACAAAGACCAGGAUAAAGACCUGGACACAGACUCUGACAGCAAGGAGGACAGCAAAGACAAAGACCAGGAUAAAGACCCGGACACAGACCCUGACAGCAAGGAGGACAGCAAAGACAAAGUUAAGGAUAAAGACACAGACUCUGACAGCAAGGAGGACAGCAAAGACGAAGACCAGGAUAAAGACCCGGACACAGACUCUGACAGCAAGGAGGACAGCAAAGACAAAGUUCAGGAUAAAGACACAGACUCUGACAGCAAGGAGGACAGCAAAGACAAAGACCAGGAUAAAGACCCGGACACAGACUCUGACAGCAAGGAGGACAGCAAAGACAAAGUUCAGGAUAAAGACCUGGACACAGACUCUGACAGCAAGGAGGACAGCAAAGACAAAGACCAGGAUAAAGACCUGGACACAGACUCUGACAGCAAGGAGGACAGGAAAGACAAAGAACAGGAUAAAGACCCAGACACAGACUCUGACAGCAAGGAGGACAGCAAAGACAAAGAACAGGAUAAAGACCCGGACACAGACUCUGACAGCAAAGAGGACAGCAAAGACAAAGACCAGGAUAAAGACCUGAACACAGACUCUAACAGCAAGGAGGACAGCAAAGACAAAAAACAGGAUAUAGACCAAGUCGCAGAUUCUGACAGCAAGGAGGACAGCAAAGACCAGGAUAAGGACCAAAAUACAGACUCUGACAGCAAGGAGGACAGCAAAGACAAGGACAAGAGCAGCACAGAAUCUACAGACACAGAAACACCUGAUAAAGACAGCAAGACCAACAAAGAUAGUUCAGAAAUUGGAGGGGAAGAUACAGAUGAAGACAAUGACAGCAUCAUGGAAAAAGAGAAGCAAGAUUCGCCAGAUUCAUCAAUGGAAACACAUGAUGACUCAGAUGUUGAUUCCAAUGAUGACCCUGACGAUGAUUCCACAGAUGCUACCGAGUCAAUGUCACAUGAGGAAAACGCUGAUUCAGAUAGCCACGAUAUUUUAGAUGAUGAUGACGAUGAUAUUGAUGUCAGUGAUGAUGAUGUCAUGCAUAACGAUAAGGCCAUAGCUUCUAAACUGCACGAUGUACCAGAUCAUCUUGAUGACACAACACAAGGAUCAGAUAUUGGCAGCAAAACCCCCAUGCCAAGCUCCUAGCAACCAGGACACUUCAAUUGAUCAGAAUUUUUCUGGAGAGAUGUUAAAAGAAACAACUGAGACACUCAUGAUAACCAAAGUUUCACGUCCCAUUAAAACACUUCAUUGACACGCCCCUUUCACCCUCUAUAUUUUCUCUCUCGUAUGGUGAAGGUUCUUUCUAGGGGUUCUGGGAAUGCAGAUUAAAUUAUUCGUCAGUUUGAUGUACAUUCCAUUUGAAUUGUGUCCUAAUUCUAGAUUGUUUUGUUAUCUUUUGAUAUAUUCAUUUUAACAAUUUUAGAGGGAAAUAUAUGAUGAACAGUGCGAGUCUGGAAUCUCGUGUAUUUGUGUUUGUUUAGGAUCUAAAUAUAUUGCAUUACAAGUGACAGAUUUAGCCAAGACAGCUGAACUAAUUGAAGGAUUUUCAAGAAGUCCAACAGAUUUAUUACAGUGGUCUCUGUGUGUCCUGUGUUUUCUAUUUCUUUGUCCACACGGUGUCUCCAUCCUUGAUCACGAGACUCUUUUGUUUAUCUGAAAGACUGCAGCUGAUACAACGAGAACAUUUGACUGAAUCUCAGAUAGCCUGAAGUGUCACAAAAUGAGAUAUUUUCUACCCUCCCAAAAGAUGAGUUCAAAUUGUACAGACAAUUUAUGUUAGAAUUUCUGAAGUCUAUAUGUCUCUAUGGAAGAAUAUAAAUACACUAGCAAUGUCAGAGCACAAAUUUGUUUUUUGUUUUUGAAAAAUGUUUUGAAAAAAAAAGGUUACAAAUAAUUUUGUAUAGAUUUAAAGUCGUUUUAUUAUGUACACAGGGAGCAAAUCUAAUAAAGACUGGGCUGUC